AUGACUACAGUGAAUAAUCAGAUGUUAAAAUUCCGAAUAUUUCGUCGCCGCCAUAGGGUAUCAUUGAUAAUAUCGGUAUUCAUUUCAAUAUUAUUCAUAUUUCUUUUCGUGAACGGAUUGGCGCUUUCUAAUGCAAUUACUACAAAUGAAUCGUUGGUGAAUGAUCCACAUCAAUCCGAAAACAUAUUAACGUACUUGAUUGAAAAGAUGGCCAAAUUUAAUAUAUAUAAGAAGAAAACUGUGCCAUUCGCUAAGACAGAUGCUGCGUCACUGAGCGAAUUCAAUAAUAUGAUGACCACCACAUCGAAUCAGAAUCUAGAUAAGAUGUUGGACGAAACGAAAUUACGAUUGAUACUUGAAUCGUCUAAGAAAAUUGAUCCGAAUGAAAACCGUCUACUGGCUGGUCAUGUUUUUUACCAAUCAAUUUUCAAGGUGUUCUACGAGGGAAAGCCAAAGGUUGAAAAGUUGGAUAGGUAUCUCUCUGACGAGCGUAUUCCGCGUAGUAGAUAUACCACUGGAUCAGAUGAUGAAAUAUUAUUUAAUGAGGAGUACUUAUCAAGGUUUUUACAACUCGACCAAGAGGAGUUAGAUUCAAUGACUGAGUCUCAUAAAUAUGUGGUAGACAAUUUACCUGAUAAAGCCCCUGGAGGAUUGUAUUCAGGUAAUGGGAUUGUCUAUGUUGGUGGUGGGAAAUUCAACUGGUUAACAUUAUUGUCAAUAAAGUCAAUUCGGGCUAUGGGUUCAGAUUUGCCUAUCGAGGUCUUGAUACCCACUUUGGACGAAUACGAGCCUGAAUUGUGUGCCAGAGUAUUCCCGGCCCUUAAUGCCCGCUGUAUCUAUCUUCCAUAUGCCUUGAAUGACCAAAAGGAAGACAGUUAUAUUUCAAAGUUUACUUUUAAAGGUUACCAGUAUAAAGCUUUGGCAAUCUUAUUGCUGAGCUUUGAAAAUGUCUUAUUAUUGGAUAGUGACAAUGUCCCAGUACGUCACCCAGAUAAUCUUUUUGAAGACGAAUCUUUCAAGUCCAACGGGUUAAUUGUUUGGCCGGAUUUCUGGAAGAGGACGACAUCGCCAAACUAUUAUAAAAUUGCAGGCAUAUCACUCAGCACCAAAAAGUUAUAUGAUAGAUACAAUGCUGAAGCUGGUGCAUAUGAGAAACUAGACGAUAGUGUUAAGAAAUUAGAUGUGAAAGAUCUACCAUUGCAUCUAAGAGAAGGCGCUAUCCCUGACCCUAGCUCAGAAUCGGGUCAACUAAUGAUCUCGAAAAAGACACAUAUUAGACCUCUCUUACUAGCAUUGUAUUAUAACUUAUUUGGGCCAACCCAUUUUUACCCUCUCUUCUCGCAAGGUUCCCCGGGUGAAGGAGACAAGGAAACAUUCAUUGCUGCCACGGUAGCAUUGAAAAAGCCCUUCCAUCAAGUUGCACACUUUUUAAAUGCUCUUGGAUAUAUGACGUCUACAGGCUUUGAAGGUACUGGUAUGGGGCAAUUUGAUCCGGUCGAAGAUUAUCUAGUGAGUAAGAAAAGAAAGCUGCUCGAAAACAAAUCAGAAAAAGAACGACUGGCGUUGAUUGAGAGCGACCCAUUAUUGAAGAAUGGACCACGGAUUCUAUUUGUUCACGCAAACUACCCCAAACUAGACCCUUGGGAAUUGAAAACGUCCGGCAAAAUUUUUGAUGAAAAUGGGAACAGGCUCAGAUUAUAUGGAACUGGGGUCAAAGCAAAAUUAGGACACGAUUUCGAGACUGUUCAAUGGACAAACAUGAAAUCCUUGCUUUGUGAAUUGAACAUUCAAGUUAGCAUAUAUAAAAAUGUUGAUAGGGCUGAGCUAUGCCAAGAGAUCAACGAUCAUUUGGAUUUCCUUAAAUCAACAAUAUCUACAUUAGAAUAG